AUGCCAAAUCAGCAUAACUUACCAAUUAAUAAUAAUGAUAAUGAAAAUCAACAAUUAGGUGUAGAAAAUGAAUAUAAUUCAACAAUAACAAAUAUGGGACAAUUAGUUCGUCUGCCAGAAGAAGCUACAGAUGAAAGAACUAUUGAUCCACACGACAUGACAGCUCAACAAAUCAAUACACUUAUUGUGUAUCCACGAGAUUAUUUUAAAGAAAUAAUAAUAUCUCUUUUUUGGUGGAUAUUUAUCUUCUUUCAUCGAUAUAUCAAUCAGUUUUUGCAUUUAUUAAUAUUCUCAAAAAACUAUAUUAUUACUGAUUUAUUUGGAACAUACGACAAACAAUAUGAUAUAGAAUCUCAUGAAACUCAACCAGGAUACUCAGAAUUACCAUAUCCUUAUGACACGUUAGUAUAUCAAGAUGCAGAAUCAGAAGGUCGCACUGCUCAUCCGACGGUUGAAUUUAUAACAUUUUCUUUAACUACUAUGCGUGUUGAAUUAACGGAUGCUGAAUACAUAAAUGCAUAUGGAGAUGAUAUGCGCGUCAAUGUUUAUGAUGUUCUAGAUAUAGAACCUGUUUUAAACAACGAAAAUGGUAACUUUAUUCUUCUAGAUAUACAGAAUAAUCUCAUUGAUCAUGAUAUACCUGAUGAAUAUGAUGUAUCUGAAAAUGCUACCGAUGAUCUAACAUGUAAUAUGAAUCCUAUCCGUUCAGUUGAAUCUCAAGAUAACAUUCCUUCUAGUGAUAGUAGUGAUGAUGACUGUACGUAUCAUAGCUGUGAAAGUAGUAUUAAUAGCGAUGAUGAAGGUGAAAUAUCUGAUGAUGAUCCGAAUACAGGUGCAGAUUUAUUAGUAAAUGGUGAUGUUCAUACUAAUGCUCAAGAUAAUAGUCUUUCAAAUGGAACACAUCUAGUUCAUGAACAAGCAACUACAACAGGAACUUCAUCUAAUGAAGUCCUAGAAGCUGCAGAAAAUGUUACUACUCUAACUGAAAGUGACGUUUAUUUUGAUAGAACACGGGUUUUUCAUUCACCAAAAACAAUGGUUCCAAAAUCAUCUGGUAAUACUCACUCUAGUGAUGAAAUUGAAGAAGAGAGUGUCAUUUGA